GUUGUGUGUGUAUGUGUGUGUGGUCUGGUCAUGCGCUCAAUAGCUAUUUAAACCAGGAGAGGGAAAUGGGCCGACUCUUGGGGUCCUACAGUUCUGAAGAAAGAGAGGAGCAGCAUGCACAGUCAGAGCAUGUGGCGAGUUGGUCUCCUACUGGUGACCCUGUGUGCCACCCUAACGCUGGCACAGUUCCCCCGGGAGUGCGUCAAUCCUGCGGGGCUACUGAGUGGCCAGUGCUGCCCGUCCCCUACAGGGGAGGCAGGGGAUGAGUGUGGCUCCAGCACAGGAAGAGGGCAAUGUGUGGCCAUUGCUGCAGACAACCGCCGCCAUGGACCCCAGUACCCUUAUGCUGGGCGCGAUGAUAGAGAGAGGUGGCCGCUGAGAUUUUUCAACCGCACUUGCCAAUGUAAUGGGAAUUUCAGUGGCUACAACUGUGGGCAGUGUCGACACGGGCUGACUGGACCAAACUGUGAUCAAAGGAUCUCUGUGGUGAGAAGAAAUAUCAUGCAAAUGAGUACAGCUGAGAAGCAGGCAUUUGUGAAUGCCUUGGACCAAGCUAAGAGGACCGUCCACCCUGACCUGGUCAUCUGUACACGACGGUACCAGGAGGUGUUUGGGCCUGAUGGCAACACCCCACAGUUUGAGAAUGUCACCAUUUACAACUACUUUGUUUGGAGCCACUACUACUCUGUCAGUAAAACGUACCUCGGGUCGGGCCAGACCAGCUUUGGAGGCGUAGACUUCUCCCAUGAGGGCCCUGGUUUUGUCACCUGGCACCGCUUUCAUCUGCUGCAACUGGAGAGAGACAUGCAGAACAUGCUGGGCGACUCCACCUUCGCCCUGCCCUACUGGAACUUUGCCAUCGGAGGCAGCGAGUGUGACAUCUGCACCGACGAGCUGCUCGGAGCCAGAAGCUCCUUCGACAUGAGCUCCAUCAGCCCCAACUCCGUGUUCUCCCAGUGGAGGGUCAUCUGUGAGAGCGUGGAAGACUACGACACCUUCGGCACCAUCUGCAACAGCACAGAGACCAGUCCCAUCAGGAGGAACCCGGCGGGGAACGUAGCGCGGCCCAUGGUGCAGAGGCUGCCCGAGCCCCAGGAUGUGUUGGACUGUCUGGAGCUUAACGCCUUCGACACUCCUCCUUACUACUCCACCUCCUCUGAGAGCUUCAGGAACACCAUUGAAGGCUACAGCGCCCCCCAGGGGAUGUACGACCCAGUGGUACGAAGCCUCCACAACUUGGCCCAUCUCUUCCUCAACGGGACAGGCGGACAGACUCACCUCUCGCCCAAUGACCCCAUCUUUGUCCUGCUGCACACAUUCACCGAUGCAAUCUUUGAUGAGUGGCUCAGCAGACACCAACCGGGUGAAGUAGUUUACCCUGAGGAGAAUGCUCCUAUUGGGCACAACAGAUUAUUCAACAUGGUUCCUUUUUGGCCUCCUGUCACCAACGCUGAGAUGUUUGUCGCUGCCCCAGCAAACCUGGGAUACUCUUAUGAGGUCCAGUGGCCCACUCGUGCCUACACUGUGUCUGAGAUCAUCACCAUUGCUGUUGUUGCGGCGGUGCUGGUGGUUGCAGUGAUUGGUGGUGUCAUUGCCUGUGCAGUGCGUGCCCGCUCCUACCGCUCAGCUGAGGCCCUGGAGCCACUGCUGGGAGAAACUUUCCGACGCUACUCAGAGGAUGACCGAAGGUUGGACAAAUCACAGUCCGUUGUCUAAAUCCACACCUCUCUAGUGGCCAUAACAUUUUAAUGCAUGUUUGCUUUUUUUUUAUUCCCAUACUUCUUCUAAUAAAGUCGAACUGGUUUUGAACCCAGCUUCUAUGUCAGCGUAUUAGCUAUAAUUUGUAGGGCUGGAGGAGUCCAGUAGAUUGUGUGAUACAGCAGGAGAGAUCAGACUGCAGCCAAGAGGUUGGAUUGCCUGGAGCAGCUCAGUUUUUAUUGAAUGGAGAAAUUGUUGUUAGUAGGCAAUAUACAGUAUGCGAAUAUUUCUCCACUUGACUGUAUCUUUUUCAGCGCCCAGAUGCUCAUAUAUUCAUGAAGACAAAGGUAAUCUGUGAUAUAAAUUGCUAUCGUUCUAUGAUGUUUGAUGUACCUAUUUCAGUCAAUCUGUAGAAUUCAGCACUAUGAGUGUGUGAAUAAUUAGCUGUGCGAUAUGAACAGACCAAAGACAGGUCUACCGUGAUGCAGACCCAAAUGUGUUUGUCUAUAGCCUAAGGCUAACCAGUAAACCACUUAAAUGUAAUGGUUCUUCUCAUCGAGUCAGAUCAAUUCGAUUCAACGUCCAUGUCUCCAUAACCUCACACACACCGCCCUCAGGUGGCGAUAACAUAUUACUGCCAUAGUAUAAAAUGUUUCAAUUUACAAAUCAUGCACUCACCCAAUAAUCAUGUGGUAUAGUUAACCUUGAUGUUACAGAUUAAAAGUCAAAUGUCUUGCAGCAUGCAUGGAAUAAGGUAAAAAUGGACAUAUCGAAUUAGUGUCUUAAAUCUGGGCAGUUUUAUGAUAGGAAGAAAUCUGAAUAACACUAAUCGAACAAUUUACCACUAGAGAAAUAGAAAACAAUCUCAGAAAAUAACAUUUGGAUCUCCAUGGGGAGAUAUUUCGAGACAAACAUUGUGCUUCUUCAAGGAAUUAAGAAUUGUUCUUUAAAUAUGAAUAUAAUAUACUGAAAAUCUAAAUUAAUAGGGCCAUUUUGUGCAGCUUUAAAACUGAUGGGGCAUAUCAUGCAGAGCUUCUCUGCUAUAACUGCGUGACGGUGUCUAAUUAUUUCUCCCUCCAGGCUAUGCCAAUGAAUAAAGCGGCAUGACAUAAGCAUACCUGCUCCUCUGCACCACAUUUCCCAUUAGUUCAACUCAUUUGCUUUUGACAACCUAGACUUACAGUGACAUGAAACCGGUGGCACCUACAUUUAAUUGAAUAAGCUGUAAUUUACUGUCACUACUGCAGGCUUACAGUAUGUAUAGUGAAACUCCCAGUCUCAGUAUUUUUAUUUUGCUUUCAGAAGAGCUAGAUUUUGAGACUCAGCACUGGACUGAAUUGCAUAGGAAUGGCUCUUUUGCAAUGCUUGCUGGUUUCUCAUGGGAAUGGAUGGAAAAGAAGAGAUUUUUUUGGAUCCACAUUCAGUUGGCUGUUCUUUCUGUACCAGCAGGUUACACUGACAGCAAAAAGACAAUACUGUGGAUUUAUUGAUGUGUGUAGAUGUGACAGUCGCACACAGAACAACCAUUUGGCCACUGCUACUUUCCCUAGAGGGAGGGUCAUUAGUGCCUUUUAUGUCAAGGAUGCUCUCAUGGAAGUCCUCCUAGCUGCCGGAAAUAUGCAUUACAGUGGUGUGACUACAUUGGAUAGGCCCCCCUUGUAGGUCUAACAUGUGAUGGAAAAGUGGUUAUGGCCAUGCGGAGGAAACAGUCACGUUGCCUGUAGCUUACUGGCAAAACCCAUAUACACGUUUGAAGGAAUGGGAAUUGAGGCCGUUACUGAAAACAAAACAUAUAUGUUUUCUUGCUUAAUAAUAAAGAAGAAAUUAUAACAGCAACUUCCACAAGAGUUGUAUGGAAAUCCAUUGAAGAUCACAUGAAAAAAAAUACCAUAUUAGAAAAUAUGUAGAUAUAUGUUAUAAGCUGCCAAACAAGAUGCAUAUAUUAGUGUUUUAUCUUUUGAAAAAUAACAUCUAUUAUGUUAAAAAAAAAACAUUCCAAUUGAUUCCCAAAACAGCAUCUAGCCUUUUCUUCAUCUUCCCUCUUCAUGCCAUCUUUGAGUCGAGGCAAUUGUUCAUCUGGAGAAGGAUAAACCAGACUGCGAUGGCUGGAUUUCAAUAAAGCUAGCAAUGUGAACAGAUGGCUUUGAUUAAUGCCGAGGUUCCAGACAGGAUCUCCCUAGAUGCCUUCUCUUUCCUAAAUGAGACAUUUGUGUGCACAUUAAUUGUUUGUCAAGUUGUCAACAGUAACUCCAGUAAUUAAAGCAAAAGUUCCCUGUAUUAACAAAAAAAUGGCAAAGGUUUACUCUCCCUUGGCAUUUCUGUAGCUCAGGUUGAGAACGUUGUCCACAUUUUUCACUCGUUUUUUCAGCUUCCUCUAAAAUGUUGUACCUCUUAUACUUAUUAUCCUGUCCUUUACAUUCCUUUUUUCUUCUUUAGGUGAAGAACGAGAAACACAUUCAUUUUAAUCAUGCAAGAUAUUAUUUAACCAAUACAGGAUGAUGAAGGUUUAUAGGUUUAUAUAACACUUGAUUAAUGAGUAAUUAUUCAAAAUAAACUUUUACCAGCUGCACCAUGAAAGUGAUGUACACAUUAAUGCACCAGUAAUUAGUCCCAUGCUAUAUAUACUUUAUUCUGAAACAGGCCAUUUCUCAGAAUUAUUACUUUUCAUUUUGUUACUUUAAGUAUAUUUGUGGUUUAUGUAUAAACUGUGGUAUCAUCACUUUUAUUUAAGCACUUUCACUAAUUGUUCCUCCACUGUCUCUCCUGUUGUCACUGUUGUCUUCUUCCUAUUCUAGUGACUUAGAGCUGCCCUGUCAUACUAUGAUAAACUGUGACACACUUCACUAAACCUGAGUGAUCCUGAAUAUGUAUUCACGUUUGACAAAGACCAGAAAAAGAGUGUGAGAGAGACACACAGAUCAAAACAAUGACAAUCAAACACCCCCCACAGCAUAUUUGGUUCACUGGUUCAGAAAUAGAAGCAAAAAUAUGCAAAAACAAAUGCAUUUAUCCUUAAAUGUAACUGCAGGCACAGACAUCCUUGUUUAAAAGUUUAGUUAUCGAAGAUGUUCUUAAAACUUCUUUCUGUUCUGCAUCUGUGGAGUUUCAAAGUCAAACAAUGAGAUAUCCACUAGCUUAUGAGUAUUAUCCCGGAGAGACAUCAGAGAGCAUCGGGACAAAUUCCUGUGUCAUUGGCAUUCCUCAUUAAAAUAUAAUCUGUU